AGACGCUUCUUCAUACUCCGCUUCUGCCAGCUGCACCAUUUACCCCCGAUUGUCUACUGCAAUGUCUGACUCCGACUAUGGGCAACCUCGAGACAUUCGUAUUGACACAAGCUUCUCGCGUUCCGCCAGUACUACUCGGGAUUUCCUUGGAGAGCCAAUGCCCAGGGAUCGAUACUCUAGGGCAAGCCAUGCUUCGCGUGUCCGAGAUGUUACUUGGAUUUCAGCCUCUCAGCCAUCCCAGUACCCUGCAACUCAAACCCCUCAGACGCCUAACUGGCAACAUUCCACUCCUGUCAUGCGUCCAGCACUUCAUACAGCACAACCCACUUUGUCAGACUCGGACUACGAGUACAUGACUGUUGGCAUCGACGACACAGGUGCCGAUGAGGAGAAUGAAUAUGGGUUUCCCGAGGCACAUGAGAGGAAGCCCCAGGGAAAAAAGAAGUUUUACGGCGGGUUCAUGAAUGGGUUGAAAAGUAUACCGAGAGUCAUGUCGAGAGGACGUUUGAAUUCAAAGGACCAUAUCAAGCCAGUGAAGCAGGGGACUGCACUCCCUCCGUACCAACCGAAUCUUCAAGCUCCAGGAAUCUCGCUCACACACCGACAAGUGCUAGCAAAUAAUGUGCCCCAGGUAGAGAGAGUUGACACGCCUCCGUCCGACGUGCUAUCUCCCACAAGACCCAAUAUUCUGCUUGAUACUGAUACACGUACAUCCAUUGCGGAUACAAGGCGUGACCGGACAUUGUCAGCUGUCAACGAGUUGUACGAACCUAGUCGCUCGCACAGUCAUGAUGACAUUUUCCCCGCCCACUUCCACCGCGAUAAUUCCCAUCCAUUCCACCACUCCACUGAUGCAAUUUCCGCUCUUCACCCAUUUAACCGCUCCACUGAAGCGAUUUCCAUCCCCCGCACCAUUCAUCUUUCGACUCAAGCGACUCCUGUCCUUGUAGAACCUCGGCCUGCAGAGGAUUUUGCAAAGAUGGAGUCUCCCAUCCGCCCCCCACCAGAGGAAUCCAUUGCCUCCCAAGUGGCGCGUGUUCGGCGAUUCAUGCGGGACCUUAGCGGCCUUCCUUGGAUUUCUCCGGCUCGUAUCUCAAAUGAGUAUGUUCCCGGACAGGGUGACAGGAGGAGGCACAGCCGUCAACGGUACUCCAAAACAUCAAAGAGUUGGUACACCCAGCGAAACAAGCGACCCUUGGACUUGCUUUCAGGUCCAUCAACUCCUCUAUCUACAGGCCGUAUUCCACAGCAUGUCCAGAACUCACCUGCUCCAGCUCCAAGACCGUAUGUCAUUAGCCCCAGCAGUGCAAAUCUCAUGUUCUCUAGACAAGUAUCUGGUGGGCGGUCCCGAUCGCCCUCUUCAGAUGGUGCUCCAUCGUCAGAAAGUACCAACAACCAACAAUACUCUGGGCCGUUAUACCCAGCGUAUGUGGCUCAGCCGUUAUUUGUCUAUCCUUCCGGGCUUCCGUCUCCCGGAAGUGGUCUAGAGACGCAGCCACGACCAGUGUUUUUCACUACACCCGUUGCACCACCAUUUGCAUCGCCUGAAAGGUCACGGUCGCCUGUGCGGCACAAUGGAACCCCGAGGACACCUGUGUUGGGAUGAAUCCUGGUUUUCAUAUUCCGACUUCUUGCGUUAAGGUCGCCCGCAUUACAUAUGAGUCUCUGGGCGAGGCUUUGGAAAAUUCCCGAUACGAUCUCUCCAAUUUCUCAUUGUGGAUCAGAUUUGUACCCAUUCGUUCACCUAUUCAAGCUCGAGUCUUGUGAUAUUGUUGUUGUUGAAUAUAACCAUUCAUAUACGCAUCAGGAAGUUCAGCAGCAAUCAACUCAUCCACGGCAGCCCAGCUACUACCUUCGUUAGUCUGGCCUCUAGAGAGUUGACGUAUCAUCCCUGUAUAUUAUUAUUACGUGAAUAGAUGUAUCUCCUAGUAA